AUGCACCACAAAAAAGAGUAAGUUGGAGAGUUUUAUAAGGUCUUGGCCUUAUCCAAAGAGGUUGAUGGAGUAGUCCUCCCUAUCCUCAUUUACAUAUUAAAAAAUGAGAGAAUUUAAGACUGCUUAGAAUUUCUCUCAUAGGAUCAAAAUAAAUUCCUUCUAGAAAUAGAAAGGUAAAAGGUAGAAAAUUUAUCUCUGCUUGAUAAAGAACAGACUCUCAAUGGAGAGAAGAACAUUAAGAGAAUAACGGAUGUUCUCAAAAAAAUUAGGGAUCAUGAAUUUAAUAAACAGAAUUACUCGACAGAUGAUUAUGAAGAAAUUAAAAAGGAUCUUAUCUUUAAAAUAUAAUUGGAUAAGUAGAUUUUAGAAUUCCUAAAAUUUUUAGUUCAUCUUACUUCUUUAGAUGAGAGAUAUAUUUAGUGUGGAUCAAAUUCUCUUAAUUUACUAGUUUGUAUGAAGGUUGAUUUAAGGGAAUAAGCUUUUGAGAAUAUCAGGAUUAGAGACACCUCUUUAGUUGGUGGAAAUUUUGUAAGAUGCAAUUUAAAUGGAUCAGAAUUUGACAAUGUAGAUAUUAGUGGAAUGAACUUGAGUUAAUCGUUUUUGUUUAAUUGUAAAUGGAAAAACAUCAAAAUUCACGAGUUAAACAAACUAGAUGGUCAUUGUGGAAGAGUUAAUUAGGUAUGCUUUUCUCCAGAUAGUAAGUCAUUAGCUUCUUGUAGUGAUGAUAAAUCGAUUAUAUUGUGGGAUGUUAAAAUUGGGUAAGUUAAGUUUAUAAUCAAGGAAAAGGAAGAAGUUAAAUCAGUAUGCUUUUCACAUUCUAACAGUACUUUAGCUUUCAGCAGCGGAAAAUUUGUGUAUUUAUGGAGCCUUAAAACGGGAAAAUAAAAAGCAAAAUUAGAUGGUCAUUCAGGUGAUGUUAAUUCAAUUUGUUACUCUCCUGAUGGUACUACAUUAGCAUCUGGUAGUGAUGAUAACUCUAUCCAUUUAUGGGAUGUUAAGACAGGAUAAUAAAAAGCCAUAUUAGAUGGUCAUUCAAAUCGUGUUAAUUCAAUAUGUUUUUCUCCUGAUGGCACCACAUUAGCAUCUGGUAGUUCGGAUGAGUCGGUCUGUUUAUGGGAUGUUAAGACAGGACAAUAAAAAGCCAAAUUAGAUGGUCAUUCAAGUUGGGUUAAUUCAAUAUGUUUUUCUCCUGAUGGUAAUACAUUAGCAUCUGGUUGUGAUGAUAGGUCUAUCCGUUUAUGGGAUGUUAGGAAAGGAUAAUAAACAGCCAAAUUAGAUGGUCAUUCACAUUAUGUAAAAACAAUUUGUUACUCUCCUGAUGGUACUACAUUAGCAUCUGGUAGUUAGGAUGAGUCUAUCUGUUUAUGGGAUGUUAAGACAGGAUAAUAAAAAGGCAAAUUAAAUGGACAUUCUAAUAUAGUUACUUCAAUUUGUUACUCUCCUGACGGUACUGCAUUAGCAUCUUGUAGUUAGGAUGAGUCUAUUUGUUUAUGGGAUGUUAACACAGUGUAAUAAAAAGCCAAAUUAGAUGGUCAUUCUUCAAUUGUUACUUCAGUGAAUUUCUCUCCUGAUGGUAGUACAUUAGCAUCUGGUAGUUCAGAUAACUCUAUCCGUUUAUGGGAUGUUAAGACAGGAUAAUAAAAAGCCAAAUUAGAUGGUCAUUCA